AUGACACAUUCCGCCACAGUGACCCUACAUGAGGUCAAACAUGAACAUAUACAGACACCGCAACCCUCUUUCAGGACGCUAGCCAUUCCCAAAAAUGAAGAUGACCCGAAAAUCCGCGAGAAAUAUCGCCCCUUCCUCCUGAAUCCACAGCAAGCAGCUGAGGACUGGGCCAAUCGCUUGGAACUCGACGCCGUGCUGGACAUGGCGGAAAAGGAUCUCAGGACGACUCAGAAACGUAUCAAGGUUUUAGUUUUAGGUGUGGACCCCUUCAACACGCAGUAUUCCUGCCAUGCAUCCGAGGCUAACAUUGUUGAUAGAUCGUACUCGAAGCUCGUAGCGUUUGAGGCCAGUCGAAUCCUCUUCCGACUCGGUUGUGAUGUCCGAGUUUUUAAUCCAGAGGGUCUACCGGUCAAGGACGACGUCCAACAUACGCACCCCAAGGUCCAAGAGCUGCGCGAAUUGAGCACAUGGAGCGACGGUCAUCUGUGGGUGACCCCCGAGCAACACGGCAACCUGACUGCUGUCUUUAAAAACCAGAUCGACUGGAUUCCCCUGUCGACCGGCAGCAUUCGACCCACUCAAGGUCGUACCCUAGCCAUCGCUCAAGUAUGUGGAGGAUCCCAAUCGUUCAAUGCCGUCAACUCGCUCCGGAUCCUGGGGCGGUGGAUGCGCAUGUUUGUGAUCCCGAAUCAAAGCUCAAUACCAAAGGCAUACACGCACUUCCCGGAUGCCGGUCAACCGGGAGACUAUCAUCUCAUGCCAAGCGGUAACCGGGAUCGCUUGGUUGAUUGCAUGGAAGAGUUUGUAAAGUACACAAUCUUGAUGCGGCCUCACCUUGAUCUCUUUGCGGACCGGUAUAGUGAACGCGAAGAAAGGCGACUGAAACAAGCCGCGCUGGCGGCUAAAGCCGGACCGGACGUUUAG